AUGGGGAUCCCUGGAUGCGUCGCAUGGCGUCGCCUUUCGAGUGAUGGAUGGAUGAUGGAUGACCCCAUGGUCCAGGGAUUGGCCAGGCGAGUUGAUGGGAACAGGGCACAUGCCCCCCUCUCCUCAUCCUCCGACUCCAAUGAAGCGGCGCAUUGUGAACUGCAAGAAGCCUUCAUCGACUACAUCGAGCACAAAGAUGACCAGGUGGUCACCCCGAUGCCUCGCUCGGUGAAGGAGUUCUUCAUCCGAGCAUGCUUGGAGCGAUGUAGCUUGGAGGAGCCCAAUAGCCAUGGGAGCACCAUCCGGGAGCUGAUGCAAGAGGUUGAGGAGAACUACAUCCUCUCCAUGAAGCUGUUCAAUGUGAAGGUGGAGCUGAUCCCGCUGUUUGGCACAAAGGACGCCUAUCUUCCGGAUGAGUCCAACGAAUUUUCGAUGCAGUUUGCAUCCGUCAUGGGCAGCUUCUUGCCCUUGCCUUGCCCGGAAUCGGGGCUGGUGGAGCAUGCAAAAGCCGAGAUGGGCGUCAGAGAGCUUCUCAAAGAGAUGUUGCAGAUGCCACUUCUGGGCUCCAGCAUUUUCGCCAUCACCAGCCAGGUCUGGCGGCGGUACAUCAACGAGGUGGCCAAGAUGGAGCUGGUCGACACCUCCCGUGUGGGUGGCGUGGACGUGACGCGGCAGCGGAAGCUCAUCAAGAACGGCGACUCGGUGAUUUUCGAGCCCCAGGACAUGUUCGAGCAUCAGAAGAACCAUAUCGAAAGAAUCACCACCCACUUGAAGCGUGGCUGGCGCGACUACAUCAUUGCAGAGGUGCUAGAUAAGCUCUCAGACGACUACAACUUUUUCAGCGACGACUUCGAGAAGCACAUGCAAAGUCCGCUGCAUGCGCUACUUCGAAAGUUAGACUUGAUCAUCAAUUCUCAACUUCGGUGGUUCGUGGAAGAUUCCAUGGAAUCCUGGAGCAACUUCUUGAAGUCCUUCCUGCCAGAUCCAAAGAAGAAGCGGCCCCAUCCGCUGAUAUAUUUGGACCUUGAGGCGGACAACGACGAGAUCUACUUGGAGCCAGAGCCUACGGACUUCCUGAAUGAGUUCGACAGCAUGCUGAAGGAGGCAGUGCGUAGUACUAGCAUUGUCAAGACCAUGGAGGCAGAGCUCAUGCCCUUCACGAAUGUGGAAGAGAAGGUGCUCUUCACCCCGGAGCUAAGUCCCGAUGGCGAGGACGUGGACUACGAUCCGUCGGCACUCAGGGCCUUGUUUCAGCAGAAGUUGGCUGCGGCACAGCAAAGACUCAGCAAGGCAGAGCCAAAGAGUGUGAGUAAAGAGGACGGAGCAGAUGGGAUCCCUCCAGAGGACGCCGCCGGAAGCGGCGCGCCCGAGGAGCCGGAGGGCGAGACGCUGAAGUUGCCGGAUGUGCUGCAGCUGCGGGAGCAGCUCACGGCGCGAGCGGUGCAGCAGGGACAUUUGCCUUCGAAAAUGGCGACCUCAGGAGACUUGGCCAAGCUCGCGCCCAGUUCGCUGCCCAAAGAGGGGACAAAGGGUGCUGAGCGCCGGCCUGCGGGGGAAGAGCCCGAGGAAGUUGGAGCCGCCAAGUUGGCGCAAAUGGCGGCGCAGCGUGCGCAGCAGCGGGAGGAACAUCGAGCGCGGUUGGCGGACCUGAGCAAGCAAGCAGAGCAGAUGAAAGCAGUUUUGCAUGGGCAAGCACCAGGUGCUGAGGGUGGUGAGGCGGCCUCAGAGCUGGUGGAUCCGGGCCUGGCAAAGCAGGUGAGCCGUUUGAGGCAGCUGAAGGACCAGCAAAGCCAGGUGGCUGCUGACUUGCAGCAGAUGCGUCCCGGUUCGAAGGGCGAGCAUGUGAAGGGCGACAAGGGCGACCUGAAGGGCCAUGGGAAGGGCGGCUUCAAGGGUGAUCCAGGUACUGCACAGCGGCGGUCCAUGAUGGGAAAAGGACCUCCAGACUUCAAAGGGAAAGGCUAUGGCGGCGGAAAGGGCAAGGCCUUCGGCAAGUGGCCCGGUAAAGGCGACUUCUUUGGCGGUCAGAUCCCGGAGAUGCUUCCAGAGGAGGCCCAGGCCCAAGCGGCUACAGCGGCCGAAGCCUUUCAGCAGCAGCAGCAAUGGUAUCCGGAUUGGUAUGCAAGUCCUCCGCCGAUGCAGGCCUACCGGAGCCCACCGAUGAACCGGCGCUCCAUGCAGAGGCCAAUGCAACCUCCUGGUAUGCCUCGUGGGGACUACCGAAGGAGCCGGGGACAUGCGCUCUACGGCACCAGCAAUCCGACCUUGGAGCUGGCGAGGGGGGGCGCCCCUCAAUCUACUCAGCACGAGGGGCCCAGCUCAGAGCAGCCCUACACCUCCAGGGCAGCUGCGUGGGGUGCCGCAGCAGGCGAGGAAGCUCCUGCUGAAGCCCCGCCCGGUGCUGGCGGUGAGGGGCCAGAAGAUGGCCCCAUGCCUGCCGAUAGCACCGAGCUGCCGGAAGACGGCACCGACCCCACCACGACCAUGGCCGACAAAGGCACUGAGGAGUCCUGGCGCACGGGCACGGCGCCGGUGCGUGGUGCGGGCACCGGCACCACCGCAGCUCACCCCGACGAGCCGCCCACCGACACGGUCGCUGACCGCACGUCGGGCGCCUCGGCGGCGCCGGCGCUGGCGGAGGGCGGUGUGGCGCCGGAGGAUGUGCGCAGUGAUGGGGAUUCUUUGCACACCGCUGGCGACAAAGAGAAGAAAGUAGAGUUUGCCGAGGAGCCUGCUGGUGCCGGCGAGACAAGCGGAGCUGCAGCUGAGGAGCCGGCGGCAAGUCCUGAUGCUGGAGGGACCAAAGAUGAAAAGGAGGAGGAGAAGGCUGCUGCGCCGGCGCCAGCAGCUGCGCCGGCAGGUCCAAAGACAAAGAGUUGUGUGUGUCAGUAG